AUGGAAGUCCCAAGACCAGACGGUCCUGAUGAUAACAGAGGGACGAAUAUCUUUGUUGCAUGCUGGGUCUUGACCGGCUUUGUAUUCUUCGUGCUCUUGUUCCGAUAUGGCGUCAAAGCUUGGAUCUCGUGGCUGCUUCCCUGGGAAUGGGGAUUGGGAAGGCAUUUCUUCUAUCUGACGCCGAUAGAAAGGAACCAAGCCAUGAAAUAUGACUUUGUCUCUCAACCCUUGGGCAUUUCUGCGUCGAUGUGGUCUCGAACGGGCGUGAUUAUUUUCCUAUACACAUGCUUCGCACAGAACCGAAGGAGUCUCCGAAUCAUCGUCAUCGCCUGCCUCGUUGUACAGAUCGUCGUCAACCUCGUCACAAUCCUUCAAAUCAUCUUGCAGUGCGGACCCCAUCCAUAUCGACUAGUCGAUCGGGCCUCUUAUUUCCAUUACAUGUGGGAUCCUCUACCGGCGGACGGCUCAGUUGUGUGCCAGUCACCGUCAGUGCAAACAACUAUAGGCUAUGUCCAGGGCGCGUUCAACUGUACCAUCGACUUCGCGCUGGCCUACCUGGCGUGGUUCGAGCUUUGGCAGUUCUUGUUCCGGGGAGCUAAGAACAGCAGCGAAAAUUCGAUCGUAACCCGGUUUAAGAGACUCGAUCAUAGGAUCCGGAAUCAACGACUCUGGCAGACAGCGUUGAUCUGCGGCCCAUUGGUGUUGUCGGCUGUUGCCUCGAUAGUCAAGACAUACCUUCUCACAGCUCUGGGUAACAGACUGGAUUUUACCUGGAACAUUGUUCCUUUCAUUCUCUGGGUCAAGAUCGAGAACUACUGCAUCCCUAUCGCCAGUACGGCUCCGAUCAUCCGCAUCUUCAUCCGCACCUUUAUCGACCACCGCGGCGCGGACCAGGAAAAUGGCCUCGGCAGCAGUGGAGCCGGACGCAGCGGUACCGGUGGCCUCCGCUCCAAGCUCUCGAGGGCAGGCCACACGAUGGAACUCAAGAGCACCCAUUCUCAAACCCGAUCGCAUGUACAGCCCGACAGCAAAUGGAUCGUGCAAGAGUCGGACGAAGGAGGAAGCGAGACGGCGCGCGGGCCGAGCAGGCAGGGCUCGGAGAAUGGGCUAAUCUUCCCCGAGCACGAGAUUCGCAUCAAGCGCGAGUACGAAGUGCGGGUGGAGGAGAAGAGCAACAUACGUCCGUCGGCCACGGGGAUGAAGAAGCCUCAUGUUCGUAGCGGUGAUACUUGGGCGUAA